AUGGAGAGCCUCGUGGGAAACGGCGUUGGGCGUGGAAUGGGGAGUUUGGUUGAAGGGGGGGACAGGCACUACGCCAUGCCCAGGGAUGAAGACAUCGAUGAAUUCCUUAACAAAGUGAACGACGUGACGGAGAAGGUGCAGCACAUUUUGAGCGGAAAAAUAACUGUGGAGGAAAUGCAGCAGGAGGAACAGAAGCUGCUCUUGCAGCAGAAAAUAAAACAAAUGAGAGAAGCGGAGAAGAAGGAGGAGGAGCGCAGGAGGUAUGUCAUGGGCACACGGGGCAGCGGGACCAAGGAGAGCAACUAUAAGUGCUUCUGUACGCAUUGCUUGGUGGAGUAUAAAUACAACCAACAAAGGAGAGUUGCUCACGCGAUGAAUCUAAAAGGGAAUGACUACUUCAGGAAAAGGAAUUACAUCCAAGCUAUCGAAUGCUACGAGGAGGCAAUGCGAGUAUGUAAAGACUACCUAGAGAUCUACAACAACGUGGCUCUAUGCUAUCUUAAAACGCAUAGGUAUGAUAAUGCCAUUCAGAGAUGUGAUGAGGUCAUUAAAUAUUACGAGGUUUUUAAGGGAGACUUCCGAACUCUCAAAGGGGUAAAGAAAUCUCUCAAAAGGAGUGAAGAAAUCAAGUUAGCAUUCUACUCAAAUGUAUAUUCCAUAGAUCAUAGUGGAGGAGGUACUUGUGGUGGGGUGGCUAGUCGUAAGGGAAGGACCACCUUCCUCUCAUUCUGUGCCGAUAAACUGGAGGAACUUCUUUCUUGCGUGAAGAGAGGACAAACCAUGGAAGGAGACAAGCUUCCCAAAUAUACCUCCCUCAGUGCCAUCACCCUCAUCGACUUGAUUACUCUCAUCCUGGAUGACCAACAUCAAUGUGCAGAUUUCUGUCUCAACGCAGUGGACCCAGUCAUCACCCUUUACCAGCUGAAAAAAAUUAACAAGGAGAAAGCUGCACACUUUUUAAACUCCAUCGGAAGAGACUCACAAGGGAGGAGGUUGUUACAUGAACGGAUCAUACAACAGGGAGGGCAUAUCCUGUUGGGGAAGCUCCUCACGCGAAUUGGUCAACUCAUCGCAGAGGAGAGAAGCGGCUACACGAAAGAGCAGCGCACAAGGUUGGUGUAUCUAACGGAGUGCAUUAUAAAACUGGAGAGCGUGCGAAGCUACGGAGUAGACCUUCGUGGGGUUAUCCGACAGGGGGGGAAGGGGGCUCCAGAGAGAAGCAAAAAGAGAGGGAGUGACGCACCGAAGGAGGGAGACCCGUGGAAGGAGCUCCAAAAACGAACAGCCAAAAUGCACAAACACAAAUUCGAACUAGCCAAUCUGUUUGGAAUCAUUUCACAUCUAACUCUGAAACAAGACGGGCGAACUGUCCUAGAGAAGAAAUUCCUCAAGGAUAUCUUUAACAUAAUAAUCUACGUUAAUGAGUUUUUUUACUCUUGCCAGGACAUGAACUGCAACUGCUUGUCUCUGCUGGUUAACCUGGUCGGGAGUGCCAACAUCAGAUCCAUUGUUAUGAGAGCCAGCUGGCCGCACAUGCUGCACUUUGUGGAGAAGGUCGCCCCGGGGGGGGAGAAGCUGCUAAAGAAUCCUCUCCCCUGGGAUAGGCUGCUUUGGAGAACCCCCCCGGGGGGGGAGAAGCUGCUUAGGAGUCCUCUCCCCUGGGAGAGCCUCCUUGAAAACGUUUUAUCUCUCCUCUUCAAUUUAACCUCCACAUGGAAGGAACAAAUUAGGGAAGAAGGAGAUGGAGAGUCGGCCCCCCCUGGAGAGAGGACUCUAAUUAGGGAAGCCAGCAUGCACCGAAUGAUCUCUUGCAUGGACUCAACCAACAUGAGAGUAGCUGAGCUGUGCUGCUUAAUACUCAGUCGGUUCUAUACGUAUGCUUACUGUGGCGUGGUGGAAAUAGACGAAGGGAAGUCAGUGGCUCCCUCCCCCGAGGGGAGAGAUAAAAAGGUGUAUCAGGGUGAUCAUUAUGUAUCUGUCCUUCAAGAGGGCACAUCGAACGAGGAUCGAAAAAUCCGAUUAGUAGACUCACUCAAGCGAAAAAUCGAGAAAGAAAACGAGCAGCAGGUUCACCUCGAUGAAUACUCCUUCGAUUCGAUGAAGAAAUCCAUUCUGUCCGAGUUGGACUCCCCACGUGGAGCUAGCUUAACAAAUGCAUGCAUCAACCUACUUUGCUGUCUAUCCAAAUACACAGAUUUUUUGUCGAAACUGAUCCUCCACGGGGAAGAGAGUAACUUGGAGAGACUAACCAACCGAUUGGUCUCCCUUUUCAUAGACAACAAAAGUGGAGUUGAGCGGGACGACUCCACAUCCAUCAUGGUAAAGAACGUCGCGGCGUUGUUCACACAAAUGAUAAAAAUGCUGACCUUGAGGGAGGAUAGCAGUUGGGGAAGUGCCUCCGUAGUGAAGUCCAUCGAGAGGGUCAUUCCCCAUGCAGCCGAGUUGGUGAAUAACGGGAUACACAGAGAUGCCACGAGCAAAGGAAUCAGCUUCUUCCUCUCGUACUGCUUCGUCAACGAGCGUUUGAAGUCGGCGGUGCUCGCUGCCUUUCAUAACGAUGUGGGGCGAGUGUGCGCGGUGCUUCGCUGCGGGGGGGGCCGAGGUUUGCCCCAAUGA